AUGAAGGGUCGGCCGGACUCGCACUCAGUCGACCCGUCGCUGUGCCCGGCCAUGGAGUCCCGCCGGAGCGCGCUGCUGCUGCCCUGGCUGCUGCUGCUGCUGCUGUCCCUCACCGGCGCCAGCGCUGUCGGUGAUGCGGCGGCCGCAGCGCCCCAGGACGCUGACCUGACCGGUCGGGUCGCCGAGUCGUGGCUGAAACCUCUGCUAGUCGAGCCUGAGGAGCCGCAGGAGGCGUUCACGGAGCGUGUGCCGCUGCCGGAGGUCACCCAGGCGGUGCCGGAGUCGUGGCUGCGUCCGGUGCCCGUGGAAACCCUGGUGGGGGUGCCGGGAGAUGAGCUGACGGGCCGCGCGCCGCCGGCUGCGGCGCUGGAGGCAGAGCUGACGGGCCGAGCACCCCCGGCUGCAGCCCUGCAGGAGGAUCAGGAGGGCCGAUCGGUGGAGGCCGUUCAGCUGCGAUGGGUAACGCCGAUUCAGCUGCUGCUCUCAAAGCCGCAGGCGGUGCAGGACGGCGCCAGACUUCCGAAUUCCGGAAAAUUCCGGAUUCCUGAGGGCUUCCAGGUGACUUUCACGUCACCCAACUAUCCGAAACUCUACCCGCCCUACGUCUGGACCACGUGGUACUUUGUGACGGACAACCCGGCCUCCACGGUGAGUCUGAGCUGCAGCACGUUUGAGCUCGGCAGGGGCGACUACCUGAUUGUGACCGGGGACGGCCAGCGGAACGUCUACUACUCAGGCUCGGGCACACCCUCGGACUCCGCCUCCGGAGAGCUGCAGGUCGAGUUCCGCUCCAACAGCGUCGACCACGGCCGCAUCAGCUGCUCGAUACGGGUCGGUUCCAGCUCUGACUUCAGCGCCGAGGAGGAGGCUGAAACUGAGACCACUUCCACCACCGCCACUACGACUACCAGCGUGCCUGUCACCCAGGCGGCAGUCACCGCGGCCCCUGCCUCCGCAGACUGGCUGAAUGACGCCAAAUGCGGACGUACCAAGUACGACACGCGUAUCGUGGGAGGCGGCCCGGCGCCGGCCAACGCCUACCCCUGGCUGGUUGGUUUGGUUUCUCCGAGAAGCAGCCGGCCCUUCUGCGGCGGCAGCAUCAUCAACGAGCGUUUCAUCAUCACCGCUGCUCACUGCAUCAGAGGACGGUCGGCAUCGAAGCUGAACAUCAUGGUGCGGAAACACCAGCGUAGCGUGGACCCGGACCAGGUCCGAAUCCCCGUGAAGAGGAUCAUCCAGCACCCCAAAUACAACCGCGUCACCCAGGACAAGGACUUGGCGCUCGUAGAGCUGGCCCGGUCGAUCGGUAACCUGCUGAACAAUCCCGAUGGCCGAGUGCGCGCCAUCUGCCUGCCGACCUCGUCGUGCCCGGGCUGUCUGGCCGGACGUACCGCCGUGCUCGCCGGCUGGGGCGUGCUCCAGUCCGACACCACAGACGUGCCGGCCACGGUACAGCACGUCCAGGUGCCCAUCAUGACCAACAGCGCGUGUCGCGCCGCCUACGCCAAAGAUCAGAUCGGCAUCACCAAUAACAUGGUGUGCGCAGGACUGGAGGCGGGCGGCAAGGACACCUGCCAGGGCGACAGCGGCGGUCCGAUGAUGCUGAAGGGCUCAGACAACGUCUACACGUUGGGCGGCAUCGUCAGUUUCGGCAAGGGCUGCGCCGCUCCCGGCUACCCGGGCGUCUACACCAGGGUAUCAGAACUCUACGACUGGAUCAAGCGCAAUAGUCGCCUGUGAGAAAGGCGGCAACGUGGCUAGAUUCGGAUGUUAUUUGUUAUUUGUUAUUUAAUUUUAUUCUCAGGCAGACAGGAUAUGUCAAGUGUAUGUACUUGUUUCACUGUUAUCAUCAACAAAAACCGUAAUAUUUAUCUAACUUGUUUCAUAUGCAGCGCUCGUCUGGUUGUUCCGUUAAUUGAUUGUGCAAAUAUAGUGCCAUGCGAAU